AGACUGACGCCAGGCUCGAGAGCUUUAGAUCCGCGGCCCGGGGCUGCUUCCCCUGUCGUAUUUGCAGCUCCACGGCACUGUAGCUCUUUAGCCCGGGCUUCAGUUUCUCUGCUGGUUCUAAGGGAUGAAGCCUCUGUGUCCCUCAAGAGCCAUGCGGGCCAAGCCCCCCGCCCGCCCACUGGUGGCGGCCAUUGGCUGAGCACGCCCCUCGGGGCGGAGCCGUGUCACGUGGGGGAAGAAAGCAGCGGGGCGCGCAAGGAACCGGGAGCUGGCGGAGCGGCCAUGGCAGCUCCGGAGCCACUGUCCCCGGCGGGCGGCGCGGGCGAGGAGGCGCCGGACGAGGACGAGGAGGAAGCGGAGGCCGAGGACCCCGAGCGGCCGGGGGGAGCGGGCGGCGCGCGCCCCGGUGGUGGUGGCGGCGGUGGCGGAGGCGGGGCCGGGGCGGGGGGCUGCUGCGGGCCGGGGGGUGCGCUUACCAGGCGCGCGGUCACGCUGCGGGUGCUCCUCAAAGAUGAGCUUCUGGAGUCCGGCGUCGGGGUGCUGUCCAUCUACUACCUGGGGAAGAAAUUCGUGGGGGACCUGCAGCCAGAUGGUAGGAUCGUGUGGCAGGAAACUGGACAGGUGUUCAACUCACCCAGCGCCUGGGCCACCCACUGCAAGAAGCUGGUCAACCCGGCCAAGAAGUCGGGCUGUGGCUGGGCCUCUGUCAAGUACAAGGGCCAAAAACUGGAUAAAUACAAGGCAGCCUGGCUCCGACGACACCAGCUCCAUGUUCCCACAGCUGCCACUGAUGAGAGCCCGGCCAGCGAAGGGGAGGAGGAGGAGCUGAUGAUGGAGGAAGAAGAGGAGGAGGUUAUGGCAGGAGCCUCAGCGGAGGACAAGAGUCGGAGAUCAUCGGCUAAGGGACCCUCGGAGCCCGCCCAUCCCGAGGCCACGCCCCCAGGGAAGCGGGUUGAAAACAAGAUCCGGGUGCCCGUGCGCUACUGCAUGCUGGGGAGUCGUGACUCUGCCAGGAACCCCCAUACCCUGGUGGAAGUGACGUCUUUCGCAGCCAUCAACAAGUUCCAGCCGUUCAAUGUGGCCGUCUCUAGCAACGUGCUGUUCCUGCUGGACUUCCACAGCCACCUGACUCGCAGCGAGGUUGUGGGGUACCUGGGGGGCCGCUGGGACAUCAACAGCCAGAUGCUCACGGUGCUGAGAGCCUUCCCCUGUCGGAGCAGGCUGGGAGAUGUGGAUACUGCGGCCGCCAUGGAGGAGGAGAUCCACCAGAGCCUGCUCCUGCGCGGCCUGUCCCUCGUGGGCUGGUACCACAGCCACCCGCACAGCCCGGCGCUGCCGUCGCUGCAGGACAUUGACGCGCAAAUGGACUACCAGCUGCGGCUGCAGGGUUCCAGCAACGGCUUCCAGCCCUGCCUAGCCCUGCUCUGCUCUCCUUACUAUUCUGGCAACCCCGGGCCGGAGUCCAGGAUCUCCCCGUUCUGGGUGAUGCCGCCCCCGGAGCAAAGGCCCAAUGACUACGGCAUCCCCAUGGACGUGGAGAUGGCCUACGUCCAGGACAGCUUCCUGACCAAUGACAUCCUGCAAGAGAUGAUGCUGCUGGUGGAGUUCUACAAAGGCGCCCCUGACCUCGUGAGGUUCCAGGAGCCCUGGGACCAGGAGCACACCUACCUUGACAAGCUGAAGAUCUCCCUGGCCAGCAGGACGCCCCAGGACCAGGGCCUGUGCCACGUGCUGGAGCAGGUGUACAGCGUCCUCAAGCAAGGGAGCUGAGACCAAGCCCCCGGCGGCCCUGGGGGAGGGAAACGGGCCCCGGGGCUGUGUGCAUGGCUGGAGCUCAGAGAAUAAAGAGAAGCAAACAGCCCGG